AUGAAUGACAUAACAGCUGUUCCAGGAUUUGAAGAUGAUUAUUUAUCUGAUUCAUCUAUAGAAAAAGAUUUUCGAACACCUUCACCUGCUCCGACUUAUGUAGGUAAAGGUAAACAGAGAGCUGAUCCUGUUGACGAAGCUUUAUAUGAUCGUCAACACUCAAUGAUUAAUAAUGAUCAAUCUAAUAAUCAACUUAAUCAAGAGAUAAUUAAUAAUCAAGAUAUCCAACCAUUAAAUCGAAAUGAACAAAGUGAUCAAAAAGAUUCAAAAGAUCCAAAAGAUCCAAUAGUUCAAAAUGAUACAAACGAUCCGAAUGAUCCAAAUGAUCAAAUGGUUGAAGAUAUGGAUUUAAACGAUAUAAUGGUACACGAUAAUAUUACGAUACAUGAUACAAUGACACCCAAUAUUAAGACUACACACGAAAUCAUUACACACGACGAAAUUAUGAAACAAGAUAACAAAGAUAACAUUAUGGUACAUGAUAUUAUGGUACCAUGUCCAUUAUCUAGUAUUCAAUUAUAUCUCAUUAAAAGUAUUCUUACAGAUGUUGAGUUAUCAUAUUAUUUAGGACAAGUAUCAAUGAAAGAGAAACCUGAUAUUAAAUUAUCUCCUUUAAUUAUGUCAAUUAAUAAUUGUCUUCAAAUAAUAAAUAAUGAAUUUUUACAAAAAAAUAAUGAGGAUCCUUUAACCAAGUUUAGUUCUUCAGCAGCAAAUUGUUGUAUUGGUAAAUUAAGAAUGUUGGAAAUUUUAUUAAAAAGGCUUAAACGAUUUCCUAUUAAAAUUGGAAUUGCGGUUUCAACUGAUAAAUCCAUGAAUACUAUAGUUUCUUUUAUGACUCAUAUCAGGCAACGAUAUGGAAUUAUUGAUGAAAACUCAUUUAAAGAUAACUUAAGGCACAAAUCUUCAUUCUGUUGGCCUAAAUUAGAUGUUGUCAUUGUUUAUGAUUCUUCAUUUGAAUCAAAUAAGAAAUUUUAUUAUCCAGUACAUAAUCCGAAAGUUACAAUUCUUCGUUUAACUUCUGUAAAUACUUUAGAGGAAAUCUUAAUUUAUGGAACAAUUAAGAAAUAUCAUUAUUUAAAUACACUUGAUUACGAAAGACUCUUAAAGAUAUUUUUUUAUGGAAUGAAAUGCAAGAAAGGUGAAGUAACUAUCGGAGUUCAUUGGAAGAAUAAUGAUUUUAAAGAGACUUUUGAAGAAUGGUUCAAAGAGAUUGGAUACCAUGAAGACAUGUUAACUGAUGAUGUAUCAGAAAUUUAUAAAAAUUUCAAUAUGAAAAUUAAUGAUAUUAAUUUGGAGAAUUUAUCUCAAUUAAAAGCCUUAAACUUUAGAUUAUCAGACGUUGAUAACGAUCAAAAUAUCUUGACUUCCGAAAUUCAACAGAAAUUAAAACGUCAACCAGAAUUUGUUGAUCCUGCUGAUUCAAAAAGAUUAAAACUUGGCAAUAGAUCUGCGAAUAAUGAAGAAUUGGCAAAAACUAGGAUGUCAGAAUUACAAAUAUCAUUUGAAAUAUUACAAAGACAACGAGAUUCAAUCAAUAAAGAUUUAUUAAACGUUCAAUCUGAACGUGAUAAUUUGAAACAAGAAGUAGCAAUAUUACAAGAAGAAUGCACUCGAUUAAAAGAGAAAUUAGUCAAAUAUGAAAAUAAUCAAGAAUUAUUUCGGUUAAAAGAUGAAAAUUCGAAAUUAAAAAAGAGUACCGUAAAUUUAAAAGAAACUACUCUAAAAUUGAAACGAUUUGAAAAAGAAAUAAAGACAUUAAAAUCGGAUAAUAAUCUUUUGGGAGAUUUAAAUGCUCAACAAUCAGAAGAUAUCGUAAUGUUAAAUAAUUGUUCAGAUGUAUUAAAUAAUAAAUUAAGUCAAAUGCAAGAAAAACUUAGGAUUAAGGAUGAACAAAUAGAUAUGAUGAUAAAAGAGAAAACAUGUUUAACACAUCUUAGCGUACAACAAACACAAGAAAUUGGACGAUUGAAAUCAGCCAAUGAGAUUCAAGCUCAAGAAAUUAAUGCAUUAGGGAAACAAUUGGAAGAAUUUACAUUUAGGGAAUUUCAAUUCACACGACGGGAAGAAUUAUUUAAAGAAAGGGAAAGAGAAAUAUUUUAUCAUCGAGAACAAAGAGAUAUGGAAUAUGAAAGAAAUAGAACGUUAAGUGAAGAAAGUAAUUUAAAUUUCCGGAGUACAUUCGGAAACGGAACAUCAGAUAUUAUGGUGGGUUCAUCAUCGUUAACUAGAAAUGGUGGCGUUGGUGGUGUCGGUGGAGGUAGUAUGGUUCGAUUUUCAUCUGAAAAUGAAUUUCGAUGUCAUUUUCAGAAUUGUAAUUUUUCGUUCAGUACUCAUACUCACACUCACACUCAUCAAAGGAGGGAUAAUCAUUAUGAUGAUGGAGAUGUGAUUGUUCUUGAUGAUUAA